AGGAGUUGGGAGUAGCGGCUGGCCGCUGGCAGCCUUGGGAGGCUACCCUGCAAAGCUUGGAGGUCUGCUGGCUGCACACUGGACCUGAAGGACCCACAGACUCGCCAUGUUGUGCACACCUCUCAACUGGCAUGUAUCCUGAGUAGCAUUAAGAGAGAGAUGAAUUCAAGUCCUGGCUGGUCACCAACUUCCUAAAUGCCCACGGCUGGACAUGUCCUCAUUCUGACUCUGGUUUGAAGGAGCAGAAACAACGGGUAAUUGGGAUGCCUCCUGCUCUGAGGUUGGAGUUUGGGGUCUCCAUCUCCACAAGAUGGUUGAACAGUCUGGCUGGAACCCUAUCUUCUGCUCGCCCUAACUCAUUCCUGCUUGAGCCAUAGGUGUGGUCCUCUGGCUACACGUGUCUGCUUUCCAAUUGUCCACACCCCCCCCCCGAAUAUCUACACUCCAAAGAGGAUUUCUCUCCUGUAGCAAUUCCAGUACGAACUGCAGGGUCAGACCCUGUGUUCCAGGCUCAGGAUCAGCCAUGGGGGCUCAUGCCAUUGUCACUGACACCAGCAUCUUAUCUGGCCUCGAGAGCAACACCACAGGCAUCACGGCCUUCUCCAUGCCUGCCUGGCAGCUGGCGCUGUGGGCCAUAGCCUACCUGGCCCUGGUGCUGGUGGCUGUCACGGGCAACGCCACAGUCAUCUGGAUCAUUCUGGCCCAUGAGAGAAUGCGUACAGUCACCAACUAUUUCAUCAUCAACCUGGCCCUGGCAGACCUCUGCAUGGCAGCCUUCAACGCCACCUUCAACUUCGUCUAUGCCAGUCACAACAUCUGGUACUUCGGUCGCGCCUUCUGCUAUUUCCAGAACCUCUUUCCCAUCACAGCCAUAUUCGUCAGCAUCUACUCCAUGACUGCCAUCGCCGCUGACAGGCAAGAGCGGGCACCAGGGUACAUGGCCAUUGUCCAUCCCUUCCAGCCACGGCUCUCCGCCCCCAGCACCAAGGCGGUUAUCGCUGGCAUCUGGCUGGUAGCCCUGGCUCUCGCCUCUCCCCAGUGCUUCUACUCCACCAUCACCGUGGACCAGGGGGCCACCAAGUGUGUGGUGGCCUGGCCCAAUGACAACGGAGACAAGAUGCUUCUUCUGUAUCAUCUGGUGGUGUUUGUCCUCAUCUACUUCCUACCCCUCGUGGUGAUGUUCGUGGCUUACAGUGUCAUUGGCCUCACGCUGUGGAAACGUGCGGUCCCCAGACACCAGGCUCACGGCGCCAACCUGCGCCACCUGCAGGCCAAGAAGAAGUUUGUGAAGGCCAUGGUACUGGUGGUGCUGACAUUUGCCAUCUGCUGGCUGCCCUACCACCUCUACUUCAUCCUGGGCAGCUUCCAAGAGGACAUCUACUACCACAAGUUCAUCCAGCAUGUCUACCUGGCCCUCUUCUGGCUAGCCAUGAGCUCCACCAUGUACAAUCCCAUCAUUUACUGCUGCCUCAACCACAGGUUUCGCUCUGGAUUCAGACUGGCUUUCCGGUGCUGCCCCUGGGUGACACCGACGGAGGAAGACCGACUGGAGCUGACUCGCACGCCAUCGCUCUCGAGGAGAGUCAACAGGUGUCACACGAAAGAGACCUUGUUCAUGGCUGCUGACGUGACCCACUCCGAGGCUACCAAUGGGCAGAUUGGGAGUCCCCAAGAUGGGGAAACUGCUGGACUCUGAAGUCUUGAGCCUGUCUGCAGGGCCAGGCUUAGCCCCUUUGAGAAGCCCCAAUGUCAUAGCUUGUCCAACACCCCAUUCUUCAACACACUAAUAGAAAAACAAGAUGGUGUCUGGAGCUCCAAGGGCAAUGCUAAUACAAAGAGCUCACACACCCACCUUAAGCAUUCCAGGGAUGGAGGAAGGAGCCAGGAAGACUGGGAGCUAACACUUGACCAAUCCAGGAGCUGCAAAGCAAAGUGUCUCCCUGGAAUAUAAAGAAGGAUGGGAAAAAACUGGAUCCUAUUAAAGAUAGCUGCGGUUGCCAUGAGAAGAGGCGGUUGAAGGGAUGACAAGAUGGCUCAGUGAGAUACUAAAGGCACUCGCUGCUAAGCCUGGUACCUGAGUUCAAUUCUUUGAGCCCAUGUGGAAGGAAAGAAGCAACUCCUACAAGUUGUCCUCUGACCUCCCCAAGUGUAUAUAGUGUAUAUGUGAACACAUGCAUACGUGUGCGCCCGCGCGCGCGCACACACACACACACACACACAAUGUUAAAAAAGAAAAAAGGGGGCAUCCUUGCUGGGCAGUGGUGGCACACGCCUUUCAUCCCAGCACUCAGGAGGCAGAGGCAGGCAGAUCUCUAUGAGUUUGAGGCCAGACUGGUCUACAGAGUGAGUUUUCUAGGUCAACCAGGGCGACACAGAGAAACCCUAUCUUGAAAAAAGAAAAAAAGGGGGAGGGGGAUUCAGUGUUAGGGUCACAGGAAAAGGUGGGGACUGUGGCAGCCUGAAGAGGACAAUGCCCCACAAAGAAACUCAGCUGCUUCACUCUGGACCGCUGUUACCAGAUGUUUGAAAUAAAGGCUGAAAUCCAAAUUAAUUUAUGGAAGCUCCAGGCUUCUGAACGUGGUCCAUGAAAAUGCUUAGAAAUGCUAGGUAUGCCAAACAAAGCAGGGCACAGCUGAAGGGACCUGAGCAGACCCCAUACGGCAGUCAUGGCUCUGGCAGGCCUGGCCCUUCCACUAUCUGCCCCCCUCCUUGUUAAAAACCAUUAGAUUCCGUUCCUAAAGCUAGCCAUCAAGGUCUGUUCCUUUAUUUGGCCACUUCCUCCUCCUGAGGCUGACUACCAAGGUCCAGCUAUCAAAGUAUUGAAGUCCAGCAAUCACAAGCCCCCUUUUGGUUAUCUUAAUAUGCCCUCCAAAAUUAAAUAUUUCAUCCUAACAUGGGGCUUCCCCUUUUACCUUUAUAAAUUACCAUUUACCUGUGGGCCAUGUCUGUCUCCUCUCUCUAUCCAGAGGCAGUCCUCUGCCCCUCUGAAGUACCCCUGCCCCAUCUCCCUUGUCCUCUUCCCCUUCUCCCUCAUCCUCUAUCUCCUCCUGUCUUUGUCUCUUAUUCCCUGCCCUUUGGCCUCUUGGGCUAAUAAAUUUUCUUUGGGCUGAGAUUUUGGGUCUGGGGUGUUUUGUGCUGACUCCAAUAUUUUCAACAACCUUGAUACAGACCCCUUGCCAAAGACAGGACACACAGAAGGAAGUUCUUCCUUUGGCUGUGAGUGGGUCCGGGGCUUCUCUGCCUUAGAUUUAGCAACUCAAACACAAGCCCAGAGUAGAUGAUGGUUACAUAGUCCAAAGGAACCUCAGCUGAGAUGCUUGGGUAAGUCACUCUGUCCCUCUGCCUGAUGGCAGGAUUGCCACGAGGCUCUCUGGAAGUGAUGCCUACAAACCAGCAGGCCAUACUCAGAUUAGCACUCAAUAAAUAGUAACCACGAUUCCUCACACCGUGCCAGCUGUUAAGACACAAAAGCCACCUACAAGUCAGGAACACAGUUCCCACCCUCACUUCGGCAGCAAGGAGCUGGCAGGCAGAGGACACUGACUGUCGCAAGUCUGGGAAGGCAUCAGACCUGGUUCAGGCCUCUCC